AUUAAUCUGAGUUCGGUCGUGGUGAGGACGAGUCGUGUCGAAGUGGGGAAUAUUUUUCCCCCCGCCGUUGGCAGCCGUGGUCGAUCCAUUCAUUACCGUAGCGGACGGACAGCAUGUUGUAGGCAGUCGCUCGGCGCUGGCUGAUCCAAAGAUGGCCGAAGUCAAACGUAAAGUCCGGGUCGAGGAAAGGUUGAGGAUUAAAAUUGGAGAAGCCAAAAAUUUGCCUGCCCGGAGCCAUGGAUCAGGAGUGGAAAGGGAUGUGUAUUGUGCACUCUCUUUGGACCAGGAAGAGAUCUUUCGAACAUCCACCAUAGAUAGAACCCUUAACCCAUUUUUUGGUGAAGAAUUCCAAUUUAUUGUUCCAAGGAAGUUUAGGUAUUUAAGCGUGUAUCUAUAUGACAGAGACAAAACAGAAAAAGUGAUAGGGAAGGUAGCGAUAAAGACAGAUGAUUUGCAAAUGUACCACAACAAAGAUCACUGGUUUCAAAUUAAACAUGUAAAUCAGCAAACAGAAGUACAGGGUAAAGUUCACUUAGAUAUUAAAUUUGAAAACGGAUUCGAUCCACUGUCUGAAAAGCUGACGGUAAAAGUAUCGGAGUGUAGUGACUUGACACUGAGCCAUGGAAGCUGUGAUCCAUUUGCAAUGGUUGCUGUCAGAUUGACAUCAGGAAGAGUUGACACCCGAAGAACAAAAGUCAGGAAGAAAACAAACUCCCCCAUAUUCGAUGAAAGCUUUACAUUUGAGUUAAACAGUUCUGGUCGGGGCAGUGAUAGCAGAUAUAAUAUCGCUGGGCAUGACGGCAAUUGGUGUGAACUUGUUGUAACUCUUUACCACGAAAGCGGCAGCAGUAAUAUCUUCCUGGGUGAAGUUAGAGUUCCUCUGCAACCGAGCAUGCAGCAAAGCGCAUGGUACCUUCUCCAACCGGGAAAACGGUGUCCUGGAAAAAGCAAAGCUGCCCCAAUAUGUUCUGAUAUCGGAUCUCUUAGAUUAAAAAUUCAUUACACAAGAGAUUAUGUAUUUGACACGCAAAUGUAUGACACACUUCGUAAGCUCAUUCUCCAGUCUUCUUCCAUUCAGCCGAUUUCGGCCAGUGCUUGCUUCAUGUUAGGUGAGGUGAUUUUGAAUAAAAUGGACAUAGCCCAGCCUUUGGCCAGGCUAUUUUUACACCAUGGUUUGAUUGUACCUGUGAUAAAAGCUUUAGCAACUUGGGAGUUGAACAAAACGACGGAUGCGAACACCAUUUUUAGAGGUAAUACGCUUGUCUCAAAAAUGAUGGAUGAGACGAUGAGAUUAGCUGGUCUGCACUACCUCCACGAGACGCUCAGGCCAUCUCUGGAGGUUGUGAUUUCAGAGCACAAGUCCUGUGAAAUAGACCCGACGAGGAUUUCUGACAGCACGACCAUUUGUACAAACCUCAACAACCUCAAAGAGUAUGUUGAAAAUAUAUUUGUUGCCGUUACCAGUUCUGCUCUUAAAUGUCCCCCAGUCCUUUGCGAGUUGUUUCAUGAACUUAGAGAAUUAGCUACUUCUCGUUUUCCUGAUAAUAAAGAAGUCAGGUAUUCUGUGAUAUCAGGCUUUAUUUUCCUAAGGUUUUUCGCUCCAGCAAUUUUGGGGCCAAGAUUGUUCGAUCUGACGACAAAACAUAUAGAUUCUCAGAUAAAUCGGACCCUUACUUUAAUAUCUAAAACCAUCCAGUCUCUUUGCAAUUUGGUGACAUCUCGGAGGGCCACAGCUUGUAAAGAGCAGUAUAUGGGGUCGAUGUACCAAGCAUUUUACACCGAUUCACACAUAACUGCCGUCAGACAGUUUUUAGAAAUUAUUUCUGCUUCAUCGGUCCCUUCGCAAGAUAGCCAUGAUAGCCCUGUUAUCCUGAAAGAAGGGCCAAUGAUCAAGAGAGCUCAAGGAAGGAAAAGAUUUGGGAGGAAGAAUUUCAAACAAAGAUAUUUUACUUUGACAACUCACGAUCUCACUUAUGCCAAACAAAAAGGUAAAGAACCACUUUGUAAAAUACCCUUGUCUGAUAUUUUAGCAGUUGAAAGAGUUCACCAUGACUCUUUCAGGAAAAGCAACAUGUUCCAAAUUGUCCAACCUCACAGGGUUCUUUAUGUUCAGGCAAGCAAUUGUGUCGAGGAGAAAGAAUGGGUAGAUAUGCUUGCCAAAAUGUGCUACACAAAUCACCAAAGGUUACAAAGAUACCACCCAGCAGCAUAUGUCAAUGGGCAUUGGCAAUGCUGUCAUUCUGUACAAGAAACUGCAGAAGGAUGUAGCAAAGUUUCAUCUAAGACUCAGCUUCACAUGAACGUAGACUCGGACCGAGAGCUUGCAAGAGUGCAUUCACUUAUUGUGCAACACUUGGACAGGCUUCAAAAUGCAAUAAAUAUAUGUGAAACCAGAUCUCAAAGGACUGACAACAUAAUAAACUGCAUUUUGGAAGACAAAGGUCCCUGUCGAAAUACAUUAUUGGCUUUAAGGGAUGCUGCCCUUGAGCUACAAGCUGAAACAAGAUUGUACCUAAGGAUAACAGCCCGGGAAACAAAAUAUGGCAGCAAGCAAGCACCAAUUGGCGAUGACAACUAUUUAUUAUUGGCCAAUAGGUUGGACACAGGAACACUGAGGAAAUGUUGACGUUUACAUUUACCCUCUUUUAAUUUUAAGUCAAAACUUAAGUUUUUUAAAAUUGAUAUUUUUAAAUUAUCAUAAAUUAUUUUGGGUUUCCAGUGCAUCUUCAGCAUCACAAUUUUUGUCCUUUUAUGAAGUGUACCUUAUUAUUAUUUUAUUUUUAAUUUAUUAUUUUCAUGGAUUAUGUAGGUUUUUAAGUACAUAGUACAUAAAAGUUUUUCACUUUUCAUAAAUUUUUAAAUUCUUUGGUGAAGAUAAAAUAGCCACCAUUGAUCUCAUUGAGAAAUUAUAAGCUCUCUAUACCUCUCUUUUUUUUCCUUUUUUUAAAAUCAAAUAUGAAGAAUAAAAUACAAAUGAAAUUAUUUAAAUCCAUGAUUACAAACUUAUAUAUUCUUCUAUUUUCAAUAUUAAAUCAAAGAGCCUUUUUAUUACAAUAUUUAAUUACUUACUAAACACAUUCUUAGAAUCUGUAAAAAAAGAAAAAAAAAAUUUCAAUGCCCAAAUUAGAAUAAGUUAUUCUAUACUGUUAUUUUAUACCUAUAAUAGAGUUGUGAGCUCACUAAAACUCAUAAAAAGUGCAUUACAAACACAAAUUCCCACUUCUAAACCUAGAGCAUUGGCCAAGACCUUAAAAUUGAAGAUUUCUAGCUCAAUAUUUAUUCUUAUAUCAUGACUUAUUACAUAUUAAAUGAUAUAUAAAUUAACCUAUAAAUAUGAUGUAUUUUAAUGGCCGUAGGCUCCAAUAUUUUUAUUACUCUUUGUCUUCCUAUAAAUCUUAGAUUCAUGAAGUCUGCCUUCAUCCAGUUUUUCAUUGUUCUGAACUGUUGUUUGGACUACUAAAUAACUGUUAUAUUUUAUAUCCUACUUAGGAAUUGAUAUAGAAACAAUUAUGUAUUUUGUAAUGUUGUGGUUGUAUUUUUUAAAAAAGUCCAGUUCUUAUAUUUAGCAAAAUGUAAUAGAAUCUCAUUAAAUAUUAGCUUGAUACAUUUCAAAAAAUAAUAUUUUCUCCCUUUGAAUUAUAAUAAAUUCAAAUUGAAAAUAUGUAUUUGCAUUAGACCAUUGUUUCUUCCUCUAAUGUCUUUCGAGUUGUUAAACUUUUGAACCAUUUGAAUCUUAUUUUUUAAUUCUCAUCUGAAGUUGUUAACAAACUGUUAGUGUAAGCAUUUAUUGUGUAAGUUGUUUCAAAGUACAAAGGCGGUUUAAAAUGAACGAGGGUAAAAACCAUGCGUGAUGGUCGGUCCUGAGACUUUCGAAGGCCAGCCUGUAUUCGACUGAUAAUUUAAUAAUAUAUUGCACCUAAUAUUGUCUGUUAAGUAGGUAUUAUUCUAUUUGUUGUUUUUCUCAGAAAAAUACAAAAAUUAUAUAUUUAAAAAAACUUUUAAUCUAAUUUUUAAGAAAGUUGUCAGUAUUUUAUUGUUUAUGGCCUACUUACUUUUGAACUGUAAUACGGUGCUACAAAGUACAAACUGUUACGUUCUUGUGAUCCUUUACGUUUUGUUUUGUGUGAAAUGUUUGUUGAGUGCAUCUUUUUAUUAUUUAUUAAUUUUUUUUUAUAAUCCACUUCAAAGAAUUUUAAGAUAA